AUGAUCCCUGGAAGAGAGAAGGCUAGAUCGACGCUCUGGGCUUCUAUCGUGUUUUUGUCAUGUCUCUGCUUGAGCGUGAAUUCUCAAUCCGAGGGUGGCAACAUCUUGGACUACAUCAUGAAAAGUCUUCGCGAUGUUAUCGACAGCCUGGAUCUCCCGUCCAACGCCAAGGAAUCUAUUCAGCGCGAUAUCAUCGGACUCUUCACCGUGAAAUACCCCAACGAGAUCAAAGAGCAAGGCUCACAACCGAACGAGCUUUUCGAAGAAUUGCAUUACGCCAUGCACGACCUACUCGACAAUGCCGGCCUCAACGCCUCAGAUCUCCUGCGGGUGCAUAGCAGCAUCCACCACAUCUUUUCGGACAUUUACCUCGGUUCUUCCUGCUAUCCCAAAUACAGCGAGAACCACACGGGAUGCCUGGCUGAGAGGGGAGUCCUAGGAAGGUGUAGCAUCGUGCAGAGUGGAGUCUCGGAGGCCGAGAAGGACGUCAUCGUCACUCUUCACAAUCUUCUCCGCUCUCGGGUCGCCCAAAGUCUCAUCGGGAUCAAGGGUUAUCAGCCAGAAGCUUCAGACAUGAGGGCCAUGACGUGGGACGAGGAGCUGGCGUUUUUGGCACAAACAUGGGCUAAUCAGUGUCAAUCUGAGAAGGAUUGCGACGACUGCAGACGAGUCCCUCGUUUCGCCGUGGGUCAAAGCAUCUUAUCGUCCUUCCCUCUAUCGGACAGUCGACACCCUAACUGGACAUCCGCCGUGAUGAUGUGGUACAACGGGAUCGAGAAAUUCCCUCACGACCACGUCUAUUUGUACCAACACGGUUCGGAUUGGGCUCCGUACACGCAGUUGGUCUGGGCCAAUACCUACAAGGUUGGCUGCGGUUAUACCUUCUACAGACAGGGACGGUUCCAGAAACAGCUCUACGUCUGCAACUAUGGACCAAAUGGGAAUCAGGAAGGGAAGCCGGUAUAUAAAACUGGUCGACCGUGUUCUCGAUGUCCACGAGGUCACACGUGCUCGGAGGACUUUCUUUGCGUCUAUAACCCCCCGCCGGAGGCAUUAAAGAUUCGACCUCGACCUUCCCAGGAAUCCCCUGGAGCUGGAAGUGGAGAGAAAGAGAAACCACUGAAAAAGGAACGGGGCUGUCAGUAUUCAUGUGUCAAGGCGCAGCUCGUGUCUCAAUGCGCACCGGGAACGACGACUUUCCCCCUUCAGGGACUGAGUGAUUGUGGAUCCGACGAAAUCUGUUGCCGACUGGAGGCCCCAACAACAGCGCCUAAUGAUACUUCGACUCCUACGACGAAGAUUCCGUGUCCCGUCGGUUUCAAUUGCACGGAUGCAGAAUUUGUGACCCUAUGCAAUCCUGGCACUUUCUUGCCGUUCUCCUGCCCCUCGCCCACACAGUUAUGCUGCCGGGUCUCUAUUGCUAACGCUCAGGUGUCGAUGCCCAUCCCGCCAGAGAAGGAACAGUGUCCAUCUACCCAUGCCUGCCUUCAUUCCUCUGCGAAAGCCCUGUGCGAGCCAGGAACGGAAAUCUCGCCUACCUCUUGUGAGGGAAAUCGAGUCUGCUGCAUUAUCCAGACCAAGACUGCUUCCUACCCGCCUUGUGAUCAUACAUGCGUCUCCGCGGCCAACCUUCAGUCCUGCCUCUCCGGGACCGUCAAGAACGGAACAGCGUGCAAGGAAACGAAUGAGUAUUGCUGUCAGGUGAGGAAGGAGAGCGAAUCCAAUGUACAAAAGGCACUUCCUGCAGCUACCGAAUCUAAUUCUGAGAAAGGUGACGUUCCCAAUUGCGAUCCCGCCAUCGGCCUCUGCAUGGUGUCGUAUCUGGCGAGUCGAUGCCAAUCCGAUGGUCAAAGGGAUUUCACCGCCCUUUUCAGAUGCCCCGGCAAACUCCAUUGCUGUGCCUGGAAGAAUGCCACCCAAAAAAGAGAACAAGAAAUCCUCUCCAACGGAGUUGCCCCGAAGUCGAAGCUGUCAGACGAGACGUGUGGGUUAUCGGGGAACAGAACUAUUGCCGGCUCGGCUCGGCUAGAAUAUUGCUGGGAUGCAGUGGUGUUUGACUCUAAGGAGAAGAUCGUCUGCAGUGGGUCGCUUGUCGAACGCCAAUUCAUUUCCACUACUGCCUCCUGCUUCCUCUUCGAGAAGCAGUACGCGAACGAGUCACUGUGGAUCCAAGUGGGCGGGAGUUCCGUUCGUCAUAGAAUCCGUAAUAACUUUCGGCAUUUCAACUUUCGAGAAGAUACGCUGGACAGUGACAUGGGGAUCAUGAUCAUGGAGGAACCGGUGAAAACAGAGGAAAGAGCGUGUCUCCUUUGCACCCACGAUCUCACCGAUCUCCAGGACUUCUCCCAGUGCAAGCUCAUCAGUCACAUCACAGCGGAUGGGAAGAUGACGAAGGAGCCAGUGGUGUAUCCAGCCUCGAUCGUGGAUCCUAGCAUAUGUGAGAAGAGAAUUACUCAGGGGAGUCCUCUUCCAUUGAAUUCUGCCUGUGUCUCCUUCUCCUCCUUUUGGGCAGCUUAUGACGAUCGACUCGAGGAGUUCGAAGGCAAAGGCAAGUCAGAAUGCAUUAGAGACGGAAAAUACACGAUCGGAAGUGUAGUGAAAUACACAUGCCAGCGAUAUUACAUACUAAGGGGUUCUCCUGUUCGGACUUGUACGAAGAGUGGGCAGUGGACGGGGCCUACCCCCAUCUGCGAUCCAGAAUGUGGACUGAAGGUGCGAUUGGUGCAGCUAUCGGCAGGAGGAAAGCCGUCAGAUUUAGGCGAGUGGCCGUGGAUGGCAGCACUGUACGAUGUUAAGAAUCAGGACAUUUAUUGUGGAGGGGCUCUGAUCCGGGAGCAAUGGAUCCUCACGGCGGCUCAUUGUGUUACUAUUAAUGGCUCCCCAAAUCCCCGUCAACCUAACGACAUCCUCGUUUAUAUUGGCAAGCACUAUCGGAAUAACUCCGAGGACGACGAGUUCGUACAACGGAAGAAGGUGUCUCUGAUCAUCCGACACGACAGUUUCAACUUGGAAAAUUAUGACUCAGAUGUGGCUCUGUUGAAGCUGGCCGAGCCAGUCGAUUUGACCCCUCGGAUUCAGUUGGUGUGCCUCCCGACGCGAUAUGAUCUUUCAGAGGCCAAUCUUGAGGAGGGGUUCAAAGGAUGGGUGGCGGGUUGGGGUUUUAACAACUCGAAUCUCAGAGUGGCCGUCCUGUCGGAGGUGGAAUUACCCAUCGUCCCGAAUGCCAAGUGUCGUCGGGACACAAUUCGUAUCACUGGGGACAACUCCGUGACUCGCACCCUCACCGGGAACAUGUUCUGUGCUGGUUACGGCCUGGAUACCCCUCCCGCAGCAUACGCGAUUGCGUUUCGAGCUGAGAUCUCAGUGGAGAUGGAGACGCAAGUCCUCAUCCCCGGAUGCUUCAGUCUCUAUGGAGUGCGGUCGAAGAUAUCCGUGGUCACGAAUCGGAAAGUGAGUCGAGGGGAACGCUUUACGGCGAAUGAGGGAAUCAUCCGAGUGUCUCACGCCCUUCCUCAUCUGCCCGAAGACCAUCCCGAGCGUUUGGAGUUGCGCUUGAUGUGCGGUCUAGUGGAAGAAGUGAAGCCGGAGAUGCGUUGGCGGAGAUGCAAUUGGAUUAGAUGGCUUCGGCUCGUUACGUCUCCUUCCGCGCGCGUGAACCUGGUCGGGAAGUUUCUGGAACGGGACGAGAGAACGCAGCUCGUGUUUGAAGUCGUCGUGGACUUGGAUGAACGCGUGGAACUCUGUGCCUUGCUGACGUCCGAGGUCGUCGAGAGAUGCACUCCGCCGGUGUCUCCGAAUCUGGAUGCGCUAUUUCAAGAGUACCCGAUGGACCUGAGCCGAGAUCUCUGCCUCUCUUCCACUGCUCGCAUCCCGAGAGGCAUGGACCUGAGACGUCGGAAGGGGAGGAACGUGUUGGUCUGUCCAGCUUGCGGCAAGGGCUUCGACCGCCCGUCCCUCCUUCAGAGACACCACCGGAUCCACACAGGGGAAAAGCCUCACAGUUGCGAGGUGUGUGGGAAAGGCUUCACGACGUCCAGUUCGUUGAACACACACCGUCGAAUACAUAGCGGGGAACGGCCUCAUGGAUGCCCCGUCUGUGGCAAGACCUUCACCGCCUCCUCCAAUCUCUAUUAUCAUCGAAUGACUCACGUCAAGGAGAAACCGUACAAGUGUCGGAAUUGCGGGAAAUCUUUCACAACUCCUGGAGACUUGAGAUGUCAUAGUUUCGCCCACUCCGGAAACUGGCCCUUUCUUUGUCCUCUCUGCAAGAGAGGAUUCAGCAAAAUGACAAACUUCAAAAAUCACCUCCUCGUACAUUCAGGGGUGAAGCCUCAUUCCUGUCAAGUGUGUGGCAAGUCCUUCUCUCUCCUAUGUAAUCUCCGGAGUCAUAUGCGGACGGGGCAUGGGACGGAGGGGACGAUCAAAAGGACUGGAUCUUCGCCUUCGCUCUUCAAGAAACAGAAUCAUUUUGAAUAAUGUGGUCAAGUGAGUCAAAUGAGUGCG